CCCGCCUUUUCACUGUGAGGAAUUAGUUCUUUCAUCCAUUUAUUUAUAUUUUUUCCUUCACAUGGGCUUUUUCGGGGGGGGUGGAGUGUGAGCUGUCGACACUGGCUGCAGCUCGUUUGAACAGUAUGGGGAUUUAAAGGACUGGUGCAAGGGACCAAAACGAGACCAAAAAGAGACUCCGCAUCUUUUUCUCUGCAUCUCCUGCGCUGCGGUGAGGCUGGAGAGGAUCAUGCAACACCUCACACCAUGGCGAGCUCUGCUCCUUCUAACCGCGCUGUGCCAACCAGGGAGCUCAGACAAAUACGGUUGCCUGUUUGAGAGAAAACUGUGCACAAGGGAUCAGUUCUGCUCAGAUGAUGGGCUGUUUGGUCAGUGUCUAAGCUCUAAGCAGGACCAGGUCCAGUACCAGGUGUCAGUUCCUGUUCUGAAGAGGAUGCAGGAAGUCCUCAAACAGCUUAUGCUACAAGGGCUUUCAUGGCAAGAUGAUAUCACCCAGUAUAUUUUAUCAAAGGAGCUGAAAAGAGUUCCCCAUACCACCCAUCCCUCAAAGCCAAACUUCUCCUCCUCCUCUUCUCAUCCACCUCAGUCUAAACAGCACGUCCCCCAUCACCACAGUUCUAAGUCAGGGUCCACACCUUCUGCUGGCAACUAUGUGGACUACAUGAUCGUUGAGCCUCCUCAGUCCCAGCUGCGCAUGCAGACAGCAUCCAUGGACCCAUACACAUACCACCAGCAUAGGUACCAAGAUGAAGUAGAAAGAUCUCUCUUAGGGGCAGGAGGCAGCUAUGCCCGCCCCUCUUCAAGGUCCCAGGCCAGUCAGAGAGAGCGAGAACGUGACAGGCAGCUGCUACAGGAAGCAUUGUCUCUCUACCUGGCAUCUGCACAGCCCUCAUAUCGCCACAGAGGAGCUGCUUCCAUGGCUCCUGCAGGUCUGCCUUACUACGAUGACUUGGAACUGGACAUACCAAUGGACUAUGUGGAAGGCUACACCCUAGAGGAGAGACUUGGUACUGCAGGCAGACAGCAAAUGCUGCAGAACAAGAAAGUUCCUCAGGACUACAGCACUCUGUCUGGAAACAAUGACGGCUUGCUCCAGAGGAUGUCAGGAGUCUUGCAGAGGUAUGGAGUUGACCCCAGAGAGCUCAGUCAAGAGCAGCUCUACAAGCUAGCCCUCAUACUGCAGCUGCUGCAGGCCCAAGACAAAACAGAUCCUAUUGAGAAAGACGUCAUCACCCUCAAGGAGAUGCAGCUGUUAAAAACAGACAGUGUGUCAAAUAAGCCGCAGAAACCUGUUCCUGUUCCUGGUCCACCUGAUGCCCCUCUUGCCCCCUCCUCUGCAUCAAUCCCAGCUACACCUGCGGCCAAGAGCGCCAGCCCUCCCCCCUCUGCCACCCAGCCUCCUCAGGCCGCUCCUGCAGAAGCUGGACAAGGCCUGAAGGAGCAGGGACCACCACUGGUUGAGGGAAUGGGAGCUAAGGAGGAGUAUGGAUACAUUGUCACCAACCAGAGUCCUUUGGGUCUGUAUGAUGGAGUGAAGCUGUUGGAACUACUGGCUGAUAAGAUACACCUGACAACCAGCAGCUUCAUCAACAUCAGUGUGGUUGGUCCUGCGCUGACGUUCCGUAUCCGGCAGAAUGAACACAACAUGACGGCUGCAGAGGUGGCUGCUAAAGCUGUAUCUGAAAAGAACUUCCUGGAGUCUCAGACUGGCCUGAAGAUUGUACAGACUGGCGUGGGAGAGAGGACUGAUGCACGGGGUCUCCCUCAGGUAACCAGGGUUUCCCAGGGCUCCAGUGGGACGGUUAUCACCCUUGUUUCCAUGGCGGUCGUAGGAGGUGUGCUGGUAUUGGCCAUGGCUGUAGCUUGUCUCAGACACUAUGCUCAGCAAGUGGCCAAUGGCAAGCUUGGCCUUGGGCCAGAGGGAGGAGCAGAGACACACUUUGACUACCAGGAGCUAUGUCGGCAGCACAUGGCGUCCAAAUCCUCCCUAUGCCGCCAGGACUGUGUGGGCGGGGUGAGCAGCAGCAUGGCGGGGUCUGCCAUAGCCACGGGUGCUGGUGGUCGACGGGGUACAGACACAUCUCGCGUCAGUAGCGUUUCCUCCCAGUUCAGUGAUGGUCCCCAGCACAGCCCAUCCUCCACCCACAGCUCUACCCCGUCCUGGAGCGAAGAGCCAGCCCAGUCUAAUAUGGACAUCUCUACUGGUCACAUGAUACUGGCAUAUAUGGAGGAUCACCUGCGCAACAAGGACCGCCUUCAGAAGGAGUGGGAGGCUUUGUGCUCGUACCAGGCUGAACCCAGUUCAGUAGCUGCGGCUCAAGUCCCGAGCAACAUGGACAAAAACAGAAACGCUGAAUCCCUCCCCUAUGAUCACACUCGGGUGAAGCUGAAGACUGAACUAAACCCCAAUAAACAAGAUUACAUCAACGCUAGCAUCAUUUUUGAUCAUGACCCUCGCCAACCAGCUUACAUCGCCACACAGGGACCUCUGUCCCACACUGUCGCUGAUUUCUGGCAGAUGGUGUGGGAGAACGGCUGCACGGUGAUAGUGAUGAUGUCAGCCCUGGUGGAAGAUGGAGAGAAGCAGUGUGAGCGAUACUGGCCAGAUGAGGGCUCAUCACUCUACCACAUCUAUGAGGUGAACCUGGUGUCAGAGCACAUCUGGUGUAAGGACUUCCUGGUGCGUAGCUUCUACCUGAAGAACGUCCAGACACAGGAGACCAGAACCUUGACGCAGUUUCAUCUGCUGAGCUGGCCAGCUGACGGCAUCCCCACCUCCACACGACCACUGCUUGACUUCCGCAGGAAGGUGAAUAAAUGCUACAGAGGUCGUUCCUGCCCAAUCAUCGUUCACUGCAGCGAUGGCACUAGCAGGACUGGCACGUACAUCCUCAUUGACAUGGUGCUGAACCGCAUGGCCAAAGGAGUGAAGGAGAUUGACAUCGCAGCCGCACUGGAGCACAUCAGAGACCAGAGGCCUGGCUUGGUUCGCACCAAGGACCAGUUUGAGUUUGCGCUAACAGCAGUAGCAGAGGAGGUGAAUGCCAUCUUGAAAGCCCUGCCACAGUGAGCAACAGCCGGGGACACACUGAGGACAUGCAGACAAAAGAAAAAAAGAAAUACACGCUCCAAAAGGACACGCUUCAUGGAACCCAGUCAUGUAUGUCUGGCCAUCACUGUAAAUAAGAAUUUGCUCUACCACACUUGUUUUCAGCAUGCAGUAUUUUACCAUCUGCCCAUUCUCCGGGUUUUUGCAACGUUUGGAACCUAAUUUUGUGAAACGUGCAUUAAAUGAUGAGGAUGUAAAUAUGAACAGAGGAUCAUUUUUUUCACCACUGUGGCACAAAUUUGAGUCUUUGCUCUCUGGAAUUUCUACCUAAUUAGGCAACAACGAGGCCAUUAGAUGUGAACUGCAAAGAGCGAGGAUGUGCAUAUACUGUGCUGGUGUGAAUCCAGAACCUCUGCAUUAACCUUUGCCUGAUUACAGAGAAGGGAGCCAUUUGUUGUGUGGUCCUACGGUCAGAGAGGAUACAUUAGUGUAACAUUGUUUACCAUGUGAUUCCAUCUUUGCCUCAUCAACCAUUUUACUGGAUAUGAUGACACGAUUACCUCAAAUUAUUGAUGAUUUACCACCAACACUGGUCUGUUUUGGCUCGUCUGAUGAACAUUAUGAUUUUCUUGGACUAAUGAUAAAAUAAUGUUAAAUCCCUUCACAAACUUAUCAAACCUCUCAGACGUCCUUCUUGCUGAUAUACAGUGAGGUUUCUGUCCAUUUUAUUCUCUGAGUGCGGUGUUACAUGUCCACCAGAAUACUGUAUGCUACCGUCUAGUGUGUGUCGACUUCCAGCAAGUUUUUAUUUGUGAGGCUUGUCUUUGCCUUGACAACAUGAUUGUUUGCGCUAAGCACUGGUCGUUUUGUAAAAGAUGCUGUACUUUGACCACAAAGUACGCAUCGCACACACACAUACACACGAAGUAACUCUGUUUGGGUUCUUUUAUUGUCUUUCUCAGUGUUCGCCCUUGUGAUUAAUGUAAAUAAUCCUGAUCAUCCUGAUGAUUGUGUUUAUUUCAUGUAGCAGAAAGAUAGAAAAUAUCUAUAAAAAUGUAUUUUUGACUUGAUCUUAAUAAAUUUGUGAUGUGAUGCAGCAGA